CAAACAACGGGCAAACCAUUGGCCGGGAAGAAGAACACGAGGGAAAAGAAGAUAGCAGCAGCGUCUUUCAUCAGAGUUUAGAUCAUCGCAGAGCGCAACGCUAGGCCAGGCGACGACGACAUGGGCCGUUGGUUGAAGCCAGAUGUUUACCCGCUGAUCGGCGCCAUGUCGCUGGUGACGGGGAUGUGCGUCUUCCAGCUCACCCGGAACGUCUUCCUCAACCCGGACGUCAGGGUGAGCAAGAGCAACCGGCAGAGCGCGGUGCCGGAGAACGAGGAGGAGGGCGAGAGGUACAGCCAGCACGCCUUCCGCCGCUUCGUCAGCGCGCACCGCCCGGAGGUCUUCCCCGCCAUCAACCGCUUCUUCUCUGGGUUCAGCGCCAAGUGAUGUGUCCAUUGCAUGUGUGUGUACGUGUGUCGCGUGUGAAUAUGUUGGUUCGUGAUUGUGUCAUUAGCGUGGAGGCGUGCCAUGGAUAUGUGCUCCUAGACACGCCUCAGGUGAAUAAAUGGUGUGUUGGAAAUAUAAGAGCAGCUCUAGAAGAGUUGCCAUAAUUUGAAUCGUGAAUAAAUGGUGUGUUGGAAAUA